AAUACACCAAGUGCACCUGCAGAAUCAUGUCAUAGCCUCGGUGUCAGUCAGAGGGCUAUGAGGCCCACUGGUUGCUCUUUCCUCUUGCCCAUGGCUUGCUUUUUCUUUGCGGGCUUCCCAAUGCGGCGGAAAUCGCAUCCCUGCUGCUUUGGCCUAAUGAGCAGCUUGCCAACUGAUUUGAACCUAAUCUCCUAACCACACCAAGUCUUAUCCCUAUAUUGUUUCUACUAUGUCGUUUGAAAAUAUUCGCACAGCUGAUAUGCCUAUCCGCGGUCAUUAUAGCCACUUCAUCACUGAACAACACCCAGAUCCGAGUUUGUGGGCCCCCGCGCCAGAGAUACCGUUCGAUCGGAAUACUGAGGAUGUCCCAGCCCCUGGGCCAUACAGGUCGAGGAAGACUCCGAUAAGAAAUGCCAACAAUGGCGCCCAGGGAGUAAUCUUCCCUUCAAGCUCCUCAUUUUGCAGAAGCGGAGAUAGCACAGCGCGGGACACCGAUCACAACAAGAGACAACGACUCGAAAAGGAUCAUCGGGAGAAACAGAUACAGCAUAUGGAGGAUACGCAUUUUACCAAGGUCUACAAGGCUAAGAAUGAAUGUUAUCAUCAGCAGAAGCUAGUGGCAAUAAAUAGGCUUAACGUGCGCAGGUUGCGCGCGUCUAUGAGGGAGAAGAGAGAAGAAGAGGCGGGGUUGAGGGAUUCAAUUAGGAGACAUCUCGGUGGUAUCGCCUGCUGCACUUGCACGAGUACUGCAAGUCUCAUUGAAAAAGAUCACGAGGCACUCCGAUCAAUCGCCCAGUCUAAUCUGGACUUGGAAUACAUCCACGACCAAGCAGAAGAUGAAUUGGAGGAACAAGAACAGGAACUCUCUCGCUCAGCGGCUAGGCUAACCUACCUUUUCCACCCGGAAGCCAUUAGAGAUUCCCUUGAAGGCAAUGGAUCUAAAGAGAAGGCCCGGGUUUUCAAAGCCGACCCCCAAAACUCCAGUCCCAACCCGGUUUCACCAAAUGCGUACAAAAGCACUCUAUCUCAGCCUCAGACUCAAACGUCCAAGUCGCAAAUGCAGGAGCCUAUAAUUUUCGGAACAGAUGAGCAACAUGAUCCCGCUCCACAGAUCAGGAAGGAGGCAACAACCACAGGUCCCAGUGAAAUCCUGCAGACCUGGGACGGGACAGAGGCAAAAUCAUGCGGUGACCUCCCUAGCCUUGACCAACUACUCCUAGAUGUUCUAGGCCUUCCAAGUGACGAAGCCCACAGACAGAGUUUAGUUGAACCUGAUUCUGCUAAUGAUCCGUUUAAGCUGGCACUCGAUGAGAAGUUCUCCCCGUUUGACCAAGGUGAUUCCGUUGAGUCUGCACCCUCGCGCCAGCGGGGUAGGUUCAUCAACAAUUGGAUUCUUCAUCAACUUCGCACCUCGUCGCUGGAAAGUGCGCGCUUGCGGUCGCACCCUGAAUGGCAAACAAUGCGUGACCAGGGUUGGGAUGAUACUUAUAUCAGCCGACUGGCCCUUGACCGCUGGCAUUUGGAUGAUACAGGCACGGUGGCAUCUGGUGAGCGGACAAUCAUGCCUUCCCAAAGGUCCGAUGGGGUCGGAACGACUAUUUGGCGCGGGACUGGUAAGCCAUUAUAUCGUCGAAAGAGAACUAGGUCUGUUGCCUUUGCUCCCGUGCCACCUCUACGCCGAACGUCGCGCCAUGGCGCCGCCUGGGAUGGAUUUUGUCCAGAGGGCCAAAGCAGUCAGGAAGCCAACAGACCGACCCAAGAGGAAUGAGAUAUUGGUAUAUCACCACCCUCAUUAAGUCUGUUAUUGGGUAAAUUUGCUGUUGUGAGCGGGAGGCUUUUCGCUAGAUUUGGGUAGCUCAACCAGCAUUAUCCUUAAAUAAGGACUAGCCAGACAACCAAUCUUGUAGCA